AUGACCCCCCCGUGGAAAGCCCUCCUUGGUGGCAUGCUAGUCAUCGUAUCAGUACUGCCAAAUGUCACUGCUCAAUAUCCCAACCCGGGCGCAGUGACAGGCAAUGUCAACGUCCACGACCCAUCCGUCGUCAAGACUUCGGGCGGCACCUACAUCAUGGCCCACACGGGAACCAAUAUAGCCCUCAAAACGUCCACCGACCGCACCGCAUGGCGUGACGCCGGGGCCGCGUUCCCGAAUGGCGCCUCGUGGACAACCGCCUACACGGGUGGCGACUCCAAUCUUUGGGCACCAGACAUCUCCUACCGCAACGGGCAGUACUACAUGUACUACUCGGCAUCGACGUUCGGAUCCCAAAAGUCAGCCAUCUUCCUGGCCACGAGCUCCACCGGCGCGUCGGGCUCGUGGACCAACCAGGGCCUGGUCAUCGAGUCGUCGAGCUCCGUCGACUACAACGCCAUCGACCCCAACCUCGUCGUGGACGCCAGCGGCAACUGGUGGCUGUCCUUUGGCUCCUUUUGGACGGGCAUCAAGAUGAUAUCCAUCAAUCCGAGCACCGGCAAGCGCUCCGGCACGAACCUCGUAUCUCUCGCCCGUCGCACCGUAAACGACGGCGCAAUUGAGGCGCCCUUCAUCACGCGUCGCGGGAACUACUACUACCUGUGGGUGUCGUUUGACUUUUGCUGCAGGGGUGCCUCCAGCACCUACCGUACCAUGGUCGGUCGGUCCACCAGCGUGACGGGCCCGUACACUGAUCGCAACGGGUUGAGCAUGUUGAAUGGAGGCGGAACUGAGGUGAUGGCUACCCACGGCUCAAUUUAUGGACCCGGUCACCCGUCCGUUUUCACGGACGCCGACGCUGAUGUAUUUGUAUACCAUUACUACAAUAGCGCCAACACUGCACUCUUGGGCAUUAACCUCAUUCGUUGGGAAUCUGACUGGCCAGUCAUCUAUUGA